AUGGGUGAAUUUAAUAAUCAGGUUAUUGGAUCAUUAAAAGGUUAUGAUCAAUUAUUGAAUCUUGUACUUGAUGAAACAGAAGAAUUAUUAAGAGAUCCUGAGGAUAAUAGACUUUCAAAUGAGACAAGAUCACUUGGUUUAGUAGUUUGUCGUGGACCUGCUGUAAUAUUAAUAUCACCAGUUGAUGGAAUGGAAGAAAUUCCAAAUCCAUUUCUUCAACAAGAAUAA